AUGGGAGACAGUGACAAAGUGAAGAUUUUCAAGUUUGCGGACGAUACAACUGUGGUGGGUCUCAUCAGCAACAAUGACGAGACAGACUACAGGAACAAGGUGAGCCGCCUGGCCUUGUGGUGCAGACACAACAAUCUUUCUCUGAACGUGGAUAAGACAAAGGAGAUUGUUGUGGACUUCAGGAAGAUGCAUGCCCAGCAUGCUCCUCUGACCAUCAAUGGCACUACUGUGGAGAGAGUGGGCAGCACCAAGUUUUUGGGAGUGCAUGUCUCAGAGGACCUGUCCUGGAGCAGAAACACUGCAUCACUGGCCAAGAAGGCUCACCAGCGCCUCUACUUUCUCCGCAAGCUGAAAAGAGCUGGAGCUCCAACCCCCAUCAUGUGCACCUUCUACAGGGGUGCCAUAGAGAGUGUCCUGACCAGCUGCAUCACGGUGUGGUUCGGUGCAUGUACUGCAUCGUGCCGCAAGACACUCCAGCGCAUUGUGAGAGCAGCCGAGAAGAUCGUCGGCACCUCCUUCCCCUCGCUACAUGACUUACACAGUACCCGCCUCACUCGGAAAGCCCUCUGCAUGGCAGGUGAUCCCACACACCCACUACACAGCUUCUUCAGCCUGCUGC